CGAGCGCUGGUUACACCUGUUUUCUCAGGUAACCCGACAGUCUCUCGCGAUCCCUGACUUCCUCUCACCGCAUGGACGUUACGCGCUGCUGAAGAGCGCUUUGAAGUGAAACUUCCUACGAACUAACAGCGACUUUAUAAAGUCCAUAAACAAACCAAGAUGAAUGAAAAUGACAUUGAACAAGGUGGAGUCGCCGUGAUGCCGAAAACAGAUCUGAGCUGGAUUCCAGAUUUCUUUAAAAAGAGAGUGUGCACAACAUUUGUGGAGGACUCUUUCAGCAAUGGUGGUCUGUGUCAGUGUGGGUCCACGCGAGACACACACCCCUCAGGGGCCCUGGGCGAUAACUUCAGCACAGCCAUGGUCAGUCACUGGGACAGCACACAGCACUCCUCCGAACAGCCCACAGACGCCUAUGGAGAGCUGGAGUUUGCUGGGGCCGGCAAGAGACACAGCUAUUUUUUGCGUCUCUCCAGCACUGCUGAUUCUUCCAGGGUCUUCAAUAUCAUGAGGGAGCAUUGGAAACUGCCGCAGCCCAACCUGGUGGUGUCAGUGGUUGGUGGUGAGAAAAAGUCAGAGGUCAAGACCUGGGUGCGAGACGUGCUGAGGCAAGGGCUGGUUAAAGCUGCACAGAGUACAGGUGCGUGGAUCAUAACCGGAGGGUUGAUGGAAGGCCUUGGCAGGUGUGUAGGAAAAGCUGUGAAAGAUCAUGCCACCGCAACGUCUUCUGUCACUCUCAGUAAAGUGGUCCUUAUUGGCAUCGCUCCCUGGGGCCUGGUGAGGAAUCGGGAACAGCUCGUCAACCCUGAGGGAAGUUUCCCCGCAAAGUAUUUAGUCAAAAACGGAGCACGGGACUCUUGCUAUCUGGAUAAUAAUUACAAGGCUUUCCUUCUGGUGGAUGAUGGGACCAUAGGGCGUAAAGGUGGUGAGGUUGCCUUCAGAGCCCGUCUGGAGGAUUACAUUUCACGUCAGCGCACAGGCAGUGCAAGUAUUGACAUUCCUGUUCUGAAUAUGCUGAUAUCUGGAGAAGCUUCCAUGCUGGAGGCAUUAGAUAUCUCUCUGAAGAAUUCCAUGCCCUGGUUGGUCCUGGCUGGUUCGGGGGGGCUUGCCAAUCUUGUGUGUGACAUCGUGGAGAACGUGCAAUCUGCUCCGAUGCCCUCAACUGGAGGAGCAGAGAAGGAGGAAGGGACUCCCAACAUGGAGCUUAGAGAACGAUUGGCGGAGAAAGUAAAGAUAUACUUUCCUUCAGAGCAGGAGAUGGACAAACAUGUUGACAGGGUUUUCAGCAUCUACCAAAACAAAGACCUCAUCUGCAUUUAUAACGCGGAACAGGAAGGAGCGGAUGAUUUUGACACUGUGAUGCUUAAAGUCCUCGUUCAAGCGAGUAAAAAACAUGCUACGGGCAAUUCUAAUCCCUAUACUGAUGAGUUGAGGCUUGCUGUAACAUGGAACAGAGUGGACAUUGCCAAGAGUGAACUCUUCAAUGGAAACAUCGACUGGAAGUACGAUGAUCUGAAAGAUUCCAUGACUGACGCGUUGAUGAACAAUAAACCCCAGUUUGUGCGUCUCUUCAUUGAUCAUGGUCUGAACAUUUUGAGCUACCUGACUUACGAAAAACUGGAAGAUCUUUACAACUCCAUCCCUGACAACAGCCAGGCCGGCAAACUGCUGCAGCAUAUCCUGAAGGAGCGCAGGAACGAGUCCAGCAAUGAUAAGAAAUACGGCAUUAGCAUUUAUGAGGUGUCCCAACUCCUGGAGGAUCUGUUAGGGGAGGUAUGCCAGCCCUUCUACAAGUCUGUACUGAUGCUGGACAAUAGUUCUACCAAAAGAAAAGCUUUUAAGAAAGCAUGCCAGGUCCUGCAGGGGGAGUGUAGCUAUCGGAAGCAGCAAUGUCAGCACGCGUGGUUAUGUCUCUUCAUCUGGGCAGUGCUGCAGAACCGCAGUGAGAUGGCCAUCUUCUGCUGGGAAAUGUGCGGCGAGUCUGUACUGACGGCUCUGGGAGGAUGUAAACUGUUGAGGGAGCUGUCUAAACAGGGGAUUGAGACAGAGGCCAAGCUUUCCAUUAAGGAGUUGGCCCAGAAGUUUGAGAAUAUGGCUCACGAUGUGUUUAGCAUGUGCUACCAAACCAAAGCCAGUGAUUCCUUUAAGCUACUGAUUCGCAAGUCUGAUAUGUGGGGUGACGCCACCUGUCUGAAGAUGGCCAUGGCUGCUGACGCCCGUAUUUUCUUCAGCCACGAUGGAGUACAGUCGCUGCUGUCUCAGAUCUGGUGGGGUCAGAUGGAGAGAGGAACUGAGCUCUGGAAACUUGCACUGACUAUGGUCAUUCCUCCUCUCUGCUACACCAACCUCAUCAAAUUCAGGAAAGAGGGUCACGCAGAAGACAAAUCGGUGAUGGUACCUCCACCCUCAGCAACAGACUGUCACUACACAGAAACUGUCUUCUCCUUCAAUGACAUCAAACACCACAGUGAAGCAGAGCAAGAGGAUCAUAUCAGACGACCAACAAAAGGUACCUUUGCACAUGUCAAACCUAAGCAGCCCUUUCUGUUUUCCCGCUGGAGGCAGUACUGGUACGCUCCUGUCACUUCAUUUAUCGGCAACGUUCUGAUGUACUUCCUGUUCCUGUUUCUGUACGCCUAUGUGCUAUUGGUCGACUUCAAGCCACCUCCCCCUUAUGGUCCUGCCCCUUCGGAGUACGUGCUGUAUUUCUGGGUUUUUACUAUCGUGUGUGAGGAGAUUCGAGAGGCGUUUAUUGUGGGCAGUAAGACUUUUACUCAGAGUUUGAUGCUGUAUGCUCAGGAUGUGUGGAAUAAGUGUGAUGUUCUUGCCAUCUCCCUCUUCAUUGCUGGUCUGUGCUGCAGGAUGUUCAAAUCGUCAUACAGCAUGGGACGUGGUAUACUGUGUAUUGACUACAUGGUCUUCACACUCCGACUCAUUCACAUUUUCGCUGUUCACAGACAGCUGGGUCCCAAAAUCAUCAUACUUGUCAAAAUGAUAAAGGAUGCGUUCUUCUUCUUAUUCUUUCUGGCGGUGUGGCUGAGUGCGUAUGGAGUGGCCAAUCAAGCUCUACUAUAUACAUACGAUCCAAGCCCUACCAGAGCGUUUCGUCGAGUAUUGUACAGACCAUAUUUGCAUAUAUUUGGACAGAUCCCUGUGGAAGAAAUAGACACUGGCAAGUAUUGGGAUAGGGACUGCACAGAUAAUGUCACAUUGAUUGAUGAAGGGAAAGAGCCAUGUAGAGACACCAGCCACAACUGGCUUGUGGUCAUUUUGCUGGUCAUCUUCCUACUGGUCACCAACAUCCUACUUAUCAACCUGCUUAUUGCCACAUUCAGCUAUACAUUCUCUAAGGUUCAGGAGCGCAGUGACACAUACUGGAAGUUUCAGCGCUAUAAUCUAAUAGUGGAGUAUCAUUCUCGUCCAAAUCUCGCUCCACCCUUCAUCAUCCUAUCCCACAUCAACCUCUUCAUCAAAAGAAACCUCCGCAAGGUGCCAUCUACCAAAAUCCACCAUUUUGCCGUUCAUUUGAAGGGUAGAGAGGCUAACAAGCUGGUGAAAUGGGAGACCUUGCAGAAGGAGAACUACCUGGCUUUCGAGAGCAAAAAACAAAAAGGGACCGACUCUGAGAGGCUGAAACGCAUGAGUGCUAAGGUGGAUGGUGUCCUCAAACAGGUUGGCGAGAUCAGAGAUGUUGACCGCAGACUGCGAACAUUAGAAUCAGAGAUGGAGUUCUGUACAUCUUCUCUUCAGUGGAUGAUGGAAGCUAUGUCUCAAAGCAGUACGGCGAAGGGCACUAAAGCACACCCGACACGCAAAGCUGUUGUUUCAGCCUCCCUUGAGAAAUGAAGAGAGCCUUUUCUGCUGUAUUCGUCUUCUGUCUCUCACUCUCACGGACACAUUCAGCAAGAAGCCACAGAGAGCCAGUUAAAGGAGGGGUGAUGACUUGUCAGAAAACUACUCUCAUUGUUUUGGUUUCCAUUUUUAAAUUGUUCAUCCUGGCCUUUUCAUGGUUCAUCCUGCUCUUUCGACUUGAGUACUCCCAAAUGACCUGUCCUCGUUUUCCUUGUGAUUGUGGGAAUGACUGGAGUAAAAGAACAGGGCACAGAAUGUCCUUGAACUUACUGUACACUGAAAGGUCAGUUAUGUCAUCAUGUUACAUUCAUAGAUUAAUCAAAUAAUAGUUUUAUUGUCGGUACAUUUUUUAAAGGUCAAUGUGAUUGUAUUCAUAGAAUCUGAUUUUACAGAGCUAUAACAUUAUUUAGAAGAAAGCGACCUGGCUUAAAAACUUCAGUGGGAACAAACAAAGCAUAUUAGAACGUAUGCAUGCAACAUGUUAUGC